GCUUGGCCCAGGCCACUUCCUGCUCAGCUGUGUACGAGCCGCCCGGCUCCUGCGUCUCUCUCCCAGAAUGGAGGUGCUCUACACCAUGCUGGAGCUGCUGGUGGCGCUUCUCUGCUGCGUGGGCAACGUGCUGGUGAUCUGGGGCGUGAAGCUGACCCGCUCCCUGCAGCAGCCCACCUUCUGCUUUGUGGUGUCGCUGGCAGCGGCAGACUUCCUAGUGGGCGCCAUCGCCAUCCCCAUGGCCUUGGUGCUGGACGACGGCCUGCAGAUCUCCUUCGAUGGAUGUCUGUUCAUCUCCUGCUUGGUGCUGGUUCUGACCCAGAGCUCCGUCCUGGCCUUGCUGGCAAUCGCCGUGGACCGGUACCUGCGUGUGCAGAUCGCCUUCAGGUACAAGAGGUUCGCUACCCAGUCACGCACCUGGGCUGCGGUGACCGCAUCCUGGGUCUUGGCUUGUUUGAUUGGCUUUACUCCGCUCCUGGGAUGGAAUAACAGAGAUCCACUCCACUCCCCCAACUCCACCAUCAACUGCACAUUUGUGACAGUCAUGUCCAUGGAGUACAUGGUGUACUUCAACUUUUUCGUGUGGAUCCUGAUGCCUCUGCUUCUCAUGACCAUCCUCUACUUGCUAGUCUUCUACAACAUUAAGAAGCACCUGCGGCAAAAGGAGUCCCAGACCUUCUACAUGAAGGAGCAGAAGCUGGCCAAGUCACUGGCGCUGGUUCUGGCCCUGUUUGCCAUCAGCUGGCUCCCCCUGCACAUCAUGAACUGCGUGACCCUCUUCGGAAAAGUUAAUGAACAUUACUCCUGGCUCAUACACACGGGGAUCCUCCUGUCUCACGCCAACUCCGCUGUCAACCCUAUCGUGUACGCUUUCAAGAUCCGAAAGCUCCGCAAGGCCUACCUACUGAUCUGGAAUAGGGUUGCCUUCUGCCGGACUGGGGAGAUUUCCCAAACCGACCUCACAGCUGACCAGAUCGAUGGCAGCAACCCGAACAGCACCAUCUCCAUGGACAAUAGGAAGAUCCACCCGCAAGGUGACCUUAAAAUCCAUUUUAAGACAGACGUCAAACCACCAUGUUGAGUCAUUCUUGAUCGAGUACAAAGGUAGCACUGGAGGUUCGCAUGGUUCAGCAUGAGCCGCAUGCAGCUGUAAUUAGCCCUUGUUAUUGUUGUUUAAUGUUAAUGGUUAUAUUUCCUUAUUGUCGCGUGUGUAACAACCUUGUGUAUCCUGUGUGUAACUGGUCCGGUGCUCUGUGGGUGCCUGAUGUAGUCCUUUUCAGGAUUACCAAUAAAGAGCAUGUUCUUCCCUGGCAA